AAUUCCAGUAUAUUAAAAGUGAUCUAGGCAUUACGUCACCUGUAAAUAACUAAAAGAUAUUGGCAGAGAGAGAGUUUGCAGUCACCGGACAUAAAAGCUAUUCCUAUUCCGAUUGUGUUGUCAUACGUAGUAUUAGGAAGAAAAACACACCUCUGUCUUUUAUGAGGCAUAGAACAUUUGUUAGAAGCACAAUUGCUGUUCUCUCCUCACCAUGGCUCUCCUCAGACUUAAUAAGCAAUUUGGAUAUUUCAUUGUCUUGUUUCAAGUCGGUCUUGUUUACAUGGGAGCUCCAUUGCCCAGAUUUAAUGCUCAAAGAUGUGAUGCACUGAAGCUUGAUGAUUGUUUUAGAGAUCUUCAAGUUUUCCUUAGACUUCUAUCUUUGCCUUUCACCUCUAACGUUGCAGAAUUAGAUAAGCUCUGCGAACAAUCCGUUGCAGGGUAUAACUGUUCUCAAGUGUUAUUUGAAAAUCGUGAUUGUUUAUCGGCCCAAAAUAAAGAGGUUUUACCAGUUUUUAUUUCAAUGGCCCAAUAUACACACUUCAUGUUCUGUGGCGAUGGUCAAAGCGCCGAUAAAGGCUUCAUGAGAACUC